GUGGCUCUCUCAAGUUGUGAGGGCGGGAGAAUAUGGAGUACUUAGUCCACGGGGGUAUAUAUGUGGGCCGGCGGAGCCUUCUCCCAGGACACCUAUAUAGUAAGUGGAUGAGAUUUGCGACAUGCGGCGUCGUGGGACCCGUUGUCGACAUGGGAGUGUGUGUCCGUGUGAUCAUGAGCACACUGGAAAUUUUAGAUCGUACCCUCCCUCGCGAGCGUGGAGAUAACGCAAGUACGAGGAUCCGACAAGGGAGACAGAUCGAAAUAGUUCAGAACAAAUGGGUGCGUGAGGCGUCGUCACGCUCACUCCGACAUGAUAUGCACGUCGGAACGUCGACGUGAGAUCAGUGAAAGUUGUCUUCUAGCAACAUUGUUCAGAAAAAGAAAGCCACGUACUGGGACCUGGCUAAGAGCAUCUCGAAUGCUACAUAUUGUGGCGGCGAGUGUCGACGGGAGAUGCGCCGCCCCCGCCGCCCCGAAGACUGAUCCGUACGUAGCGGUGACCCUUGUAUGACGGCGACCGCACUUUUCAUACGCUUCUGUGAUGCGAAAGGUGCACAAGACCAACUGGGCAUCGCGGCUUACUUGCGGCUUGCGGGAGAUGGCGUAUUGCACCCUUCGAGGGGAUUCGGAGGGUUUCCCGGGAAUCAGGCUUCCGGGAUUCUAGAGUGUACUUGCUCAAGGCUGUCCAUUUACGUCACUAUCGUCUGCACUUGACUGCAUCUUCAGUAUAUGUAACAACCCAUGAUGGAGGAUCACAGCAGAGACAGUGCGCGCGAUUGGCGCACGGGCAAUGGCAUACGCUACGUCCGGAAAGUGCCGACGUUGGCAGAAGUGGAAGGAAUGGCUUUGUAUAGAAC